GACUUAUGGGUUCGUGGCGGAUGUGGCGGGGGAAGUGCCAUGGCGAAAUAAUUCCGGCCUUAGAAUCCCAGACAAGGUCCGCAAGCUUGUUUUGGCUCGGCUCGGGUUUUCCCGCGGCUGCCCCUAAAUUCCAUCUCCGAUCCCUGGUGCUGGCUGAGGGGUGAGUGCGCCCGGCCAUGGGCCUACAGAGGAACCUAGAAAUGACGAAGGUGGGCCUAAAGCGUGCGGACUGAAGUAACCCGGGUCUGAUAGCUACCGUGGCCGGCUCUCUGCAGGCCCUACGGGCCCGCUUGGGCCCAGUUCAUGCGGACUGUCCUGAGACAUGUAUCCUCAAGACCCUCCGCCACUCAUCACUUGGUUUCUUCAUCCCCUUGGUACUGUGGUGGGGGGGUAAGAGCUUAAGUUUCUGAAAAAACGACGCCCCCGCUGGUUCGUACGACAGCCUGUUGUGAAUGGGAUCAGACUCCGGCCACUCGGGCUUACCUCAAUCUCAAGCGACAAAAUGGAGUCUUGAUCCUGCAGACUUUGGGAAAUGAUAACCCUGCUUCUGCCUGGCAGCCGACCACCCGCCUCCAGUUCAUGCAGCUUUCAUUGUUGCGGUUAAGUCACCCCCUUCACGGGCACCGAAAAUUGAUGAGAAUUUAUUCUCCAAGGAUUUGUAGUCAAAUUUUGGGAGUGUCGCUUUUCUAAACUUUAUAGAUUUAUUGAAAAGUUGACUCAUUUUAUCUUGAAUUAGAGUUCGGUGCGUGAGCAGGCCUGGAUUCUGGAUGAAGCCCCAGCUGCUGCCUGAGGCAGUGAACCUGACAUGGGGAAACACAGCUGAGAAAAUCCUGUCUCUUCAGUAUCAACAUGGAUACUUGAAGUUAUACCGGGAUGAAGAAUUUUCAGCAGUGUUAAAUGCAUUAAGGUCAACUUAAUGAGAUGGCUCUUUUGCAAAGGAAAGGGCUACAGGCAAGGAUUCUGAGCUCUGAAGAAGAGGAUAAACUGAAAAGAGAUCAAUCUUUGGUGUCUGAUUUUAAACAGCAAAAACUGGAAAAAGAGGCUCAGAAGAACUGGGACCUUUUUUACAAAAGAAAUGGUACUAAUUUCUUCAAAGAUAGACACUGGACUACUAGAGAGUUUGAGGAGCUCAGAUCAUGUAGGGAGUUCAAAGAUCAAAAAUUGACCAUGCUUGAAGCUGGCUGUGGGGUUGGCAACUGCUUAUUCCCACUUUUAGAAGAAGAUCUGAAUAUCUUUGCCUAUGCCUGUGAUUUUUCUCCAAGAGCAGUUGAAUAUGUUAAGCAAAAUCCUUUAUAUAACACAGAAAGAUGCAUGGUAUUCCAGUGCGAUCUAACUAAAGAUGACCUUCUGGAACAUGUACCUGUGGAGUCCAUAGAUGUUGUCAUGUUGAUAUUUGUUCUCUCUGCUGUUCACCCUGAUAAGAUGCACCUUGUCUUACAAAAUGCUUACAAGGUAUUAAAACCAGGCAGAUAUGUCUUGUUUCGUGACUAUGGACUGUAUGAUCAUGCUAUGCUUAGAUUUAAACCUGGCAGCAAACUUGGAGAAAAUUUUUAUGUUAGACAAGACGGAACCAGAUCAUAUUUCUUUACUGAUGAAUACCUGGCUCAGCUUUUUAAGGACACAGGUUAUGAAGAAGUGGUGAACGAGUAUGUGUUUCGAGAGACGGUAAAUAAAAAAGAAGGCCUGUGUGUGCCGAGAAUUUUCCUUCAGAGCAAAUUCCGAAAACCUUCAAAGAACUCAACUCCCAUGACCCUGGCGCCAAGUCACAAGUCCUGACCUUUCUUGAGGUGGACAUUUGUACCUCCUUUUGAAGAGGAAAGUUAAAAAUCAUUCUUUUUAAAUUUUUAUAUUUCAAUGCUUUUUAAAAUGAGGAUAUAUAAUUUUUGUAUUAAAAAGUAAUGUGUGUGUGUGUGUGUUAUAGAAGCCCAAAUAAAACUGCAAGACCUGAAA